GGCCGGGGAGCGGCAGCCGACUCACUGGGGAAUCAGAACUGAGGCUCAUCCUCGUCGGUAAGACUGGAGGUGGGAAAAGUGCAACAGGAAACACCAUCCUUGGGUGGGAGAAGUUUGAGCCCGUACUGAAGGCAACGCCCGUUACUCAGACAUGUAGUGAAGGCAGCAGGAUCUGGAAUAGAAGGAAGGUUGUGGUUAUCGACACGCCUGCUAUUUUUGACACUGAGCACUCUGAUGAACAAACCACCCAUGAGAUCUGUCGCUGUGUUGCGCUCUCCUCCCCAGGCCCCCACGCUCUGGUGCUGGUGACCCAGCUGGGCAGUUUCACUGAGGAAGACCAGCGUGCAGUGAGGAGAGUACAAGAGAUUUUUGGCCCUGAGGCCAUGAAGUACACAAUCGUCUUAUUCACCCGGAAAGAGGACUUACGGAGUGGAACCCUGGAGGAGUAUAUCUCCCACUCGGAUAACAAACAGCUUCUGCAGCUGAUCCAACAGUGUCAGGGCCGAUACUGCGCUUUCAACAAUAAAGCUACAUGGGAGGAACGGGCUGCCCAGGCUGAAAAGCUGAUGACUAAGAUUGCUCGUAUGGUGGAGGAGGAGCAUAAAGACCAUCUGGUGUGUAAAGCACCCAAGAAGCUUCUAAGAGAAGAUGAGACAGAUAAAAGUAAAAAUAAGUUGGCCAAAGUGGAAGAUGAAAUGCAAGUGGAUAGACAGGAAGGAGGUCAAGAGGAAGAGUACUCAUCCAGGGAAACAGGGAAAUCCCACAGGAAAAAAACAACACUGCUUAGAGAAGAAAACAAAA